GUAGUGCACGUUAGAAUAAUUCGAAAAAUACGGUAUUACGCGCAGGAGAGCGGAAGAGCAGGGCGUAAUAGGCGGAAGAGUAAAGUAAUAAUUAUGCACGGAUUCCAAAUAAAUAAAAGGGGCGUUAUUUAUAAGCAGGAUUUUAGGAAGGAUAUUAAGAAGGAAAUAUAG